UUUAUACCUUCGUCGACACGCAUGAAACAGUUUAUCCCAACGGGACUCCAUACCCGAUCUCGAGAAGUCUAUGUAAACACACGACUGUACUUACUGGGUCACAUAUAAGUUAUCGUCUGCAGGGUACAGUAUUAGUCACUUCUAGACACCAACAUGGCCGAAUUGAAGAAAGUUGCCUGUGAAGCAAUCGACAAAGUAGCAUCGGAAUUGAACAAUAUUAGUCAGGAAUUAUGGAAAAACCCAGAGCUGAACUUCAACGAGCACCAUGCUCAUUCGGUACUGACGGAUUUCCUGGAGAAUCAAGGAUUUCACGUGGAGAGGAAAUACAAACUCGACACAGCCUUCCGGGCCACAUUCGGUGACGACAGUGCAGGACCGCACGUGGCCGUGUUGUGUGAGUAUGAUGCACUACCAGAGAUCGGCCAUGCAUGCGGACAUAACCUGAUAGCGGAACUGGGCGUGGCAGCCGGCGUUGGGAUAAAGGCCGCUAUGGAAGCAUCCGGGCAACCUAUAGGGAAGUUGUGCCUGCUGGGUACACCGGCAGAGGAAGGUGGCAACGGGAAGGGGCACCUUUUAAAAAGCGGAGCUUUCAGCUAUUUUGAUGUUGCUAUGAUGUCACAUCCGUUUGCAUACGACGAUGUCCGCCCAAGGAAUCUUAUAGCAGUUGAUUUGGUAACUGUGACGUAUAAAGGUAAGGCCAGUCACGCCGCUGCAUUUCCUUGGGAGGGAAUCAACGCGCUCGAUGCAGCAGUCACGUGUUACCAGACCGUAUCGUGCAUGCGCCAACAGAUGAAGCCGACAUGGAGAGUCCACGGAAUAAUCACAAAAGGUGGUGUCAGGCCAAAUAUCAUACCGGAAGAGGCUGAAAUGGAAUUUUACAUCCGGGCACCAACCAGGGAGGAGCUUAAUGUGCUACGGGAAAAAGUCAUUGGUUGUUUUGAAAGUGCGGCCACCGCAACAGGAUGCAAGGUAGAGUACGACUUUUCAGAAAUGCCAUAUCUGAAUGUCAUCAAUAACGAAGCUCUGGCCUCUUCAUUUGAGACGAACGCAAAGGAAUUAGGGCUGGACUUCAAGGAACACACGAUGCCUACAGGCAAUGUUCCCCUUGGCUCCACAGACAUGGGGAACGUGUCGUAUGUUGUUCCAAGUAUCCAUCCUUUCUUUUACAUAGGAACAGAUGAGGUCAACCAUACUAGAGGCUUCACUGGCGCUACAGGUGCCCCUGCCGCCCAGCCGUACACCAUCAUACAAGGGAAAGCAAUGGCAAUGACAGCUAUCGACGUAUUCACUAACAAAGAACUUUUUCAGAAAAUCAAAACCGAAUUUGACAACGAACCACAGAGGAAGGCUUAACAACAAAUGUUUUCUGAAUAUAAUAAUCGCGAGGUCAAAAUGUUUUGAUACAAUCUUAUAUAAUUUUGUUCCUUAAGAUUAUGUUUUGAUAUAUGUAUUAAAAAAACCAUACAUCCAUUAAGAACUUGAUUAUUAAAUUUUACAUUUAUAUUAAACUUGUAAUAAAACCGGAAAUAUUUCGUUACUGAAUGGUUAUGUUUGAUUAUCUGACUCAAACCCAUAAUAAAGAAUAUAACAGAUACAUAUCUGAUUGACUGUAUCAAUAGGUGUGGUGUAUUCAUUCCAAUGCUGUCUUCAGUUCAAUAUGAUGGAAAUUGCAAUAGCUGAUAAUUUACAAAUCACGCAAACUUUAAUAGAAUUAAACAGAAUGUAUCUCUUAUUCCACUGUGAUUUGAAAAUAUUUUCUGUAACAAGGAAUUUCCAUGUUAUCUAAACACUAUGAACAAAAAAUAAAAUAUCUAAUUGAUUA